CACUGACCUCUGGUGGACUUCCCGGAUAUCGCUGGUGGACUUUCACUUUGCUUGGAGACGGAUCGGAAAUAAUAAAGUAGUUUCGUUGUUUCAAUUGGCAUUGUGUAAAAAGAAAGAAUACACGUAUAUAUUAGUUACAGGAGACAGAUGUUUCCUGUUUUUGUGCGGAGUGACUGGCGGUCCACCUGGAGCAGCCCUUCCCUGAGAACAGCUGCUCUCAAAUCUCUCCCCUGAGGGAUUUUCCGCGUUCUCCACCGACACAAACACCUCCCUGCGUAGACCGGGAAAAAAACCGUUUUCAUCCUCACCAAACAACGUCUGUUGGCUUCCCAUAUAGUAAACAUUUUUUAAGCAACAACCAUGGGAGAAAUGACAGGAUCAAAGAGCUUCUCAGAAGUUAUAAGUCAGAUAUUACAAGAGGAGCCAGCUGCCAGGAAAGAUCUGGUUGAUAACCAGAGCAACCUUCUCCGAGUGGCAGAGUACUGCGAGAACAACUACCUCCAGGCGGAUGAUCCGACCAAAGCUGUGGAGGAGACCAAGGCUCUGACCACCCAGGCUUUAGCCAGUGUCACCUACCAGAUCAACAGCGUGGCCAGCACCGUGCUCAGGCUGCUGGACUCCCAGGCCAUGCAGAUCAAAGACAUGGAGUCUUCCGUCAACCUGCUGUCACUGGCUGCUGCGAUCCACUUUGAGAAGGUGGCCAGGAGGGAGAUUGGUGUCUUCACCACACCCAAAGACAAGACCCGAUCCAAACCCAUGGCCCCGCCCCCUUCAGGCACAGAGCAGGAGACGGGUUACAUGAGAACUCCGAUAUCAUACACCAUCUUGGACACCGUUGGACACUAUUUCCAGGUCAAAGAGCAGCAGCCCAGCAAGAACACAAAGACCACAGAGAACACGGAGCGAGCUGAAGAACACUCUGUGUCGGCCCACGGCAUCGCCGUACCUCUACCCUCUGUUCCCACUAAGCCCACAGCGAGCAGCCUGCCUCCCCCUCCUCCACCUGCUUCUGCCACAAACCUGCCCUCUCCUCCCUCCUCAAUGGACACUGGCCUCCCUCCUCCACCCUCCUUUCCAUCUCCAUCCAAUCUUCCCCCACCCCCUCCUCCACCGGCCAUCGGCCUGUUGGACAACAGCUUCCUUCCACUCCCUCCGCCUCAUGCUGCCAGCAGCACCGGUCUACCUCCUCCUCCUCCUCCUCCUCCAGCCAGUGGUGUACCACCACCACCACCCCCUCCCCCACCACCUCUCUUCUAGAUGGUAGAUUGUGUCACUCAGGGUUUUGCUAACUUUGAAGCAGAACUAAAGCAAAGUGUCUGUGUCUGUGUGUGCGUGUGUGCAGGUGUUUGAACCCUGAGCUGUUUCAUCUGUGAUUAAUUCCAAAGCGCGAGCCCGAAGUGACAUUUUCUGGUUUAGAAAAUCUCUCCUUCAGCAUUCUGUGCGUACAGAAGGUGAGCGGCGAGGAUCGUCCCGGCGUGUCCCGACAGCACCUCCACCGCAUUCCUUCAAAACAAGCUGAAACAGGGAUUCCUGGUUUCCUGUCAUCAGCUCUUCCAUCACUGUUUCCUCUUCCCCAUAACGUCCGUGCCUCAUCAUAAUGAGGGUUACUUCAAACUGCAGCGGUCUGCGGCUCAACCCAGGCAGCGGUCACUUUCCUGUCUGGUCAACGUGAUUCUAAGUCUCUAACACUGGCAGCUUUGACCUCAGUGUGCUCUGCGUCUUUAAACAGGCCACUGAGGGUGUGAACUGUCUGCUGCAAGUCAUAUUUAAAACCUCUAUAAUUAAGUGCAUUUACUGUACCUGACAGUGUCUGUUACGCUGUACUGUACAAAUAAAGAUCUAGACACAGAUAAAUAUGAAGGGAAACUUUUAAAGUAUGUUGGUUUUAAGUUAAAUCAAUUUAAUCUGAGAGAAAAUGGAUUAAAUUCAACCAUCUGAGAGAAAUUAGUUAUUUUUUGUAAGUUUCAGAUUUGAGGGUUUUUUCUUUUUCACAAGUUUUCAUACUUUUUUCUGUAUUUUUAGUAUAUUUUGUCAUGUUACCACCACAACAAUCCAUGUGCGGUGUUAUGUGCAAACUGAAUGAAAAUGAAUAUGUUUCUAAACCAUUUUUGCAGACAGAAAUCAGCUGAGUGAGUCAGUCUGUCGCUCCAGGUUUGUCUCUACCAGAUUUACACGACAGACUGAACAAUUUGCCGAUUUUUCCUUAUAAAUUGGCUUAAAUUCUCCCAGAUUUAAUGAAGAGUGUCUGCAAAAGAGCAAGUUUUUAUACUUUAAUACAGCUUCUCAGUUUCAUUUAGCUCUGGACUUUGACUGGACCAUUGUAAAAAUAAAGAAAAUUGCUGCUCUUCUACUGAUGAAAGGUGAAACUCGAUCUCAGAUCAUUUGCAGGUUUUCCUUUAGAACUCUUCGAUUUAACUUACUUAAUCUCAUCCCUGACCAGCUGCCCUGUUCAGGCUGGAGAAACGGAUUCCCUCAGCAUGACACUACCAGAACUUUGUUUUGCCAUGUGGAUGAUUAUUGUGUAAAGGAUUCUUCAUAAUUUUGCUUUUACGGUUUUUAAAGCAGGUCAGCGACACUCAGUCAUAUUUUCUUCUUCUGUUUUCCUCAAAGAGUUGAAGUAUUUCCCCAGCAGUGAAUGUAAUUCUCCCUCAUGUUAGGAUUCCUGUUUGGAGUUCAGGGCUCAUUCUGCACUCUCCAUAAUCCAACUUUUUAAAUGCGUUAAUGGAAUCAUCAGCGUUGAAUCUGUUUCAUGUUUCAUCUGUUCUCAGGAAUGAACCCUUCAUCUUCCUCAUCAUCCUGUUGUUACAGAGGAAGAGGAGGAAGAAGAGUACAGCACAAUAAUACUGUACUGUUUGUGCUGCUUUAUUGUGCAUAUAUAAGCAGAUUCCCAUUUAAAAAAAAAGAAGUUAAUUUGUUUAGGUCAUCAAAAAGUAAAAAA